AUGUCAGACGAUAUUGCUUCUCCGGCAGGUGAUCUCUCACUCCGUUUCAAGUCUUUUUUGAUUACAAAUGAGGAAUCUAAAGAACUCACCAUCCUCGGUGAGGACAUCAAACUGAGCGAGGCGGAAUGUCGACUGAGUCUUAUUGGUAAGGUGGUUACUACGAAAGCAUUUGUUUUUGGCAAAGAAGAUGAAAUCUUUCGAGUGUUAGCCGGCAAGCCUUGGUUUUUCAAUAACAGUUUCUUGAUUCUUUCUCGAUGGAGUCCGGAGAUGAAAUUACAACAGUUGGUGUUUCAACAUUCGCCAAUAUGGGUUCAAAUAUGGGGUUUGCCCCUACAGUUUUACUCCCACGAGGUGGGAACAAAAAUUGGGAAUAGCAUGGGAGAAUUUCUUGACAUCUCCAUGCCUGGAUCAGGUUGUAGAGAGGGGCGCCUCAUGAAGAUCCUCGUCAAUAUCAAUAUCACUACUCCUAUUCGGAGGGGUAUGAAAUUGAAACUUGAUGAUGGAGACCCUUUUUGGGUGGAGUUCCAGUACGAAAAACUUCCCACUUUUUGUUGUUAUUGUGGGUAUCUCGGCCAUGAACAGAGGAGUUGCAUGCAACAAGCCAAGGAUAUGGAAAAUGGAAAGCCCGGUGGAAACCGGUGGCGUCCGAGCUCACCGGCUAAAUCUGUUAAUGGCAGGUCCCCUUCUCGAGGCGCCAAUCUUGGGGAAGAUACCAAUCAACAUUCAAAUUCGGAACGGGAUUUAGAAGUUAGAGAUUUGGAAAUCACGGGUUUUCAGGUACAGAUUGGUGAUACGGGCGAGAAGGACGCUUUCCAAGCGGGAAACUCAAAACAGUCUCUUCCUUCCAAAACGAAUUCCGCAGCUAAUGGUAACCUCAAGCCUAGAGCACUUGGGCCUUCUCUUGAACAAGAAGGGGCUAAUAGGCCUAAAUUUUGUUUAGACCCAAUUACUCUAACUCUCAAGAAAAGAGGAAGACCUGUUGGUAGUAAAUCCAAGUCUGAUAAACGACGGGGACAAAUACAUCAGAAAAUUGGCUCUAAGUUGGUGAAUGAGGUGAGCUCUUCCUCCGGCGCAACUGUUGGUGUUGGAAGCAAGAGACCCAGCAGCGUGGGUGACAACCAAAGCUCGGCUUGUGAUGUUGAUGAAGUAUGUUCUCCUGCUAAGAAGCCUCGGCUUGGUAGGGGUAAUUCAGAGGCAAGUCAGGAUAGUGUUAUGGACGAGGCACUUGCUACAGAUACGAUGGAGGACGCCAGCCAGAAUUGGCCCCAAGGCUUAGAUUCUCAUUCAUCUUGGCAUUUACUGAAUGUGUACCUUAGUCCAGAAGAGCAUGUUCAUUACCAACAGCUUCUUUACUUGUCUGAUUACAUUCGGGAUCUUAAUGCUGAAGUUGUUGUUUGGGGAGAUUUCAAUGAUAUUUUGUAUCCGGAGGAAAAACGCGGAGGUUUACAGCGUAGUCGAGGAAGCUGUGGGCGUUUUCAAACUUUACUCAAUAAUUGUGGUUUGUUGGAUUUGGGCUUUCGUGGCUAUCCAUUUACUUGGCGUAACAACCGCAGUGGAACUGAUUUCAUUGAAUCUCGUUUGGACAGAGCAUUGGUUUCCUCCUCCUGGAGCGAUAUGUUACCCCGUUUCGUUUCGACGCCCGGUGGUUUGAAUAUGACGAUGUUAAGCAAAUUGUGCAGACUCAGUUGGGAAGAUGACAUUGUGGGGUCCCGGCUAUUCUGUAUUAGCCAAAAAAUUAAGAAGUGCAGGUUGGCUCUGAAGUCCUGGAGGUCAUCCCAAAAUCUGAAUUCUAGAAAGGAGAUUGAUGGCAUUAAGGAGGAUAUUGGUAGACUGGAAGCACACGAGCGCGAAUUUCACUUGAAAGAGAUUGCAGGUCUGGAGGAUAAUUUGACCAAAGCAUGGGAAAAGGAAGAAUUGUAUUGGAAGCAAAAGUCGCAUCAGAAGUGGCUUCAGUUUGGAGAUCGUAACACUUCCUUUUUUCAUGCAAGCACGGUGGCAAGACACAGGCGUAAUCACAUUUCGGGGAUUGAAAAUUCAGCAGGGGUUUGGAUUUCAGAGCAAAAGACAGUUCUAGCAGAGUUUCAAAGUUUCUUUGCUGGGCUGUUCACUUGUGAGGACAAUCAACAAGAUAAUAGGGUUGUCCACCUUAUCCCCAGGCGGGUCACGGCAUCUGUGAAUAGUUCUCUAAUCAGAGCUUUUUCCACGGGAGAGAUCAAAGCUGCCUUAUUUGAUAUGCAUCCCAACAAAGCGCCGGGAUAUGAUGGAAUGACUCCAGGUUUCUUUCAGAAGUACUGGGACAUAGUGGGCUUGGAUGUUUGUUGGGCUGUGCGGAGUUUUUUUCACGGUGGGAAGAUGCUCGGAAGCUUGAAUCGCACUAAUAUUGUAUUAAUUCCAAAGAUUCCAACUCCCACCAAGGUUAGUCAGUUUCGGCCCAUUAGUCUUUGUACCACAAUUUACAAGGUCAUUGCCAAAGUCUUGGCUAAUCGUCUUUGUCAGUUUCUGCCCUCUAUUAUUUCAGAAAACCAAAGUGCUUUUGUAGAGGGUCGCCAGAUAACAGAUAAUGUACUUAUUGCGCAUGAACUAACACACUACAUUCGGCAUAAACGAUCUGGCACAAAAGGGGUGGCUGCAUUUAAACUUGAUAUGACCAAGGCAUACGAUCGAGUGGAUUGGCGUUAUCUUGAGCAGGUAAUGAGGCAGCUAGGUUUCCACGCCUUAUGGAUAGGAAAGGUCAUGGAAUGCGUAAAAAUGGUAUCCUUCUCUAUAACCGUGAAUGGGGAAGCUGGGGAGUCUUUUCACCCUAGUAGAGCUGCUUCUGGUCAGAAAGUUAACAAAGACAAGUCAUCGGUUUUUUUCAGUCCAAACAUCUCAUCUGAAGCUCGUCUUACAUUAGCUAAUCGUGUCGGGAUCUCCAUGGAAGCCAAAGAGGCUAAGUACUUAGGCCUCCCUGUCUUUCUUGGAAAUUCCAAGCAUGAGCUUUUCUCAUAUGUGAAAGACCGUACGAUUAAACGGUUAAGAUCAUGGAUAGAUUCAAGGCCAAACUCAGCUGGUAGGGAAGUCUUAAUCAAAUCAGUUCUCUUGACAAUUCCAAGCUAUGCUAUGUCCUGUUUCUGGUUGCCCAAACAGCUAAUGAAUCAAAUCUCUGCCGAGAUUGCAAAAUUUUGGUGGGGUUCAAAAGAAGGGGAACGCAAAAUUCACUGGAUAAAAUGGGAUAAGCUGAGUCGGUGUAAAGGCAAAGGUGGACUGGGGUUUCGUGACUUGGAAGUUUUUAACAGGGUCUUGAUAGCUAAACAAGGGUGGAAGUUGAUUUCCGGUGAACCAUCUCUCUUCAAACGAAUUUUCAAGGGCAAAUACUUUCCCAACACGACUUUCUUCAAUGCAAAUGUAAGCUGCCAGGCAUCGUGGGCUUGGAGAAGCAUUUGUUGGGCUAGAGAGUUACUCAAUAAAGGUUGGAGGUGGCAGGUUUGUUCAGGAAAAGACAUUCGAAUUUGGGAGGACCCUUGGCUACCAAAACCACCAACUUUCAAGGUCAGCCCGAGUUCGGUAAGAAGUAGCACCAUAACUUAUGUUUCUGAUCUUACUGACAAUUCCACAAAGACUUGGAAGAUGCAGCUGAUCAAAGAAAGUUUCAAUGAAGAAGAGGCAACUGUUAUCCUUUCCUUACCUAUUAGUACCACGCAAAGAAGGGAUCGCAAAGUAUGGCAUUACUCCCCAAAUGGUGUAUUCACUGUAAAAUCUGCUUAUUGCUUGGAAAAAGAGAGCUUGAUCAAUGAGCUGGAUAUGCUUAUUGCUUGGAAAAAGAGAGCUUGA